AUGCUGCCCAAGGCUCUCUUACAAACCGCUUUUGCAGCCUCUGCGUUGGCCAUCCCGCUAGACCUGAAGACAACCAGGUCCCUUCAGAAGCGCACGAAUCCGAGUAUAGACCCCGGUUAUAGUGACCAAGAGAGAACUCAGAUUACGGAUGCAUUCAAGGACGCUUUAGAGAUGGCGAACUAUGUGCAGGUCGCAUCUUCCUCGACCCUGGAUCCCAUUUUCAAGAAAUAUUUCGACCCAAAAGACAAAGACACUGUCAUGAAGGUGUUCUCCAACAUCAGCGGCGGUGACCCAGAGAACCCAACCGGCAACGACUUGCUAGGCAAGAUCUCCAUUGUGACAGACUAUAAGGAUGACGAUGGUGAUUAUGCCUGCGAUGGUGACACCAUGGCAGAAUUGCGUGACUAUAGCACCGACAACCCUAAGAUCAUCAUCUGCAAGAAAGCCGGGUUUGGCCACGGCGGAAUUGCCAAGGGUUAUGACGGAGUUGAUAAGGUUGUGUGUGAAAAUUUUGAUCCGCGUAUGUCGUGGAAGAUGGAAACGCUAGGAUCGAUUUUGUUGCAUGAAUACACCCACUAUACCAAAUUGGUUGCGCCGCCAUUGACCAAAGAAACAGACGACCCUGCUUAUGGAGUCUCCGGGGCUCGAGCCUAUGAUAAGAGCCUGGCUACUAAUAACGCUGAUAGCUACUCUUGGUUUGCGAUUGAGGUGCUCUGGUCUGUGAUUUGUUCGAAAGACUACGAGGAUCCCACCGAUGCCGACGAUGAUGAUCCUAACUGCAAUGGUAGUGUUUGCACAGCGUCAAAGUCGCCUUAA